AAAACACAACUAGAUCUAGAAUCUAGGCCUAUUCGCAGUAUUUGGUGUUAUUGGCAGAUUCAUUAUCUACGUCGAUAGCAAUUAAUCACAAUAUAUAGAAUAGAUCUAUCAUCCUUAUAGAUCUAAUAUAUUUACUACAAAAGCCUUCUAGCAACAAAGCCAUCCUAAAGCUAGCAGUCUGAUAGAAGUACCCAACAAAAUGCAUCCACUUCAAGUGGGGGCCGUGGUUUGUUUACUCUUAGCUUCUGUCCAGGGAGCAUCAAUAAACAAAUCAGGUCUCCAACGCUCCUACUGUUCAUGGGGUGCCCAGUACUGGUGCAGCUCUCCUAAAGCAGCAGAACUUUGUCAAAAGACACAGUGGUGUACAACCAACUUUUGGCCUUACGAUACAUUUGAGGAUGCAACAUGUAAGGUGACCAAAAAGUUGCUGAAAAGCACCAGAUACUUGAUCAGUGAAUCAGAUUCAGACAAAGUGACUGAAUAUGACAUAGCUCAUAUGGUUGCUAAAGGAUGUUCUCUGCUAAAGAAUUUGGAUGACAGACUUCAGUGCAAGAAAAUUGCAUCAGAUCAAGAUGUUCUAUUGAAGCUUAUUGAGUUUGCUGACUCAAAACUUUCUAUAGAGUCAGUGGCAUUUGCUUCAGGGGCCUGCAGGAAAAAGAUACCUUAUGUAGAGAACCAACAUUGUACAAGGUGUGAAGAUGUUGUGUCAACUGCGCAGACUUACAUCAGGAAAUUUUUCACACUUGAAUUUUACACAAGAAUUUUCAAAAAACCUUGUGCAAAAUUAGACCAGGGAGAAGAAUUGUGUGAAGCUUUAGCAGCAUCCAAGUAUGAUAAAUUUUACAAUGGACUUAUCAACGCUUCUCCAGCCACAGUUUGUAAGGGACAAAAUGAUUGUCUGAAAAUUACUGAAACUCAACACAGCAUGCAGUCAGCUGAUUUUUGCUCUGCCUGUAAAGAUGUUGUUGCAGAAAUUAGAGCCCUUGACAGAAACCAAGAAGUUCAGGCUGCCAUUGAGAACUUGUUAAAGUCUGUGUGUGUUGAUCUUGGACAAAUGGAACAGAUGUGUGAUACAGUUGUGGAGGAAGGCUUGCAAUACUUUUUUGAAUUUGUGGCCACUGAAAUGGAACCAAGGGUUGUUUGUGAAAAUCUGGACAUCUGUAAUAUACCAGUCAGCAGUAGAAUUGUCAAUACCAUUGAAGACAGACCCAUAUUAGAAGAACCUAAACAAAUUGUCGGUGUGCCUUGCAUAAUUUGUCAAGUGGUCCUCAAAGUGCUGGAAGAUUACCUUCAAAAUAAUUCUACUGAGCAAAGUGCUGAGAAAUAUCUUCAGGAUUUCUGCAACAGACUACCACCAGGUAUUAGUGAUGAGUGCAACAGUUUUGGUGAAAAAUACUUGGCUAUCGCUCUACAGUUUCUGGAGGCCAAACUUCAGCCAGAUCUUAUUUGUUCAAUUCUUGGACUGUGUAAGAACAACUCAGUUAGCGCAGUGCUUGAUGUUCAAAAUAAAGUCAGCCAGCCAAAUGAUGAAUUGUGUGUCGUAUGUAAACUGGUUGUCACUUACAUCAAUUUAUACUCGAAACAAAAUGAUUCUGAGGCAGAGAUAGAAAAACUGUUGGAAAAAGUGUGUGACAUUCUGCCAGCCUCAGUCAAGUCUCAGUGUGAUGCAAUGGUUACAGCCUAUGGGCCUCUUAUCAUUCAAUUGCUGCGACAGAAAUCUGACCCGUCGCAAGUGUGUGCUGCUCUCAAGUUUUGUUCCAACAGCAUUGUAACACUUGAGUCGAUUAAAACACAGCCAAAUGAUGGAGUGUGUGACUUGUGUAUAUUUGUUGUCACCUACAUCAAUACCUUCCUGAAAAAAAAUGAUUCUGAGGCAGAGAUAGAAAAACUGUUAGAAGACGUUUGUGACGUUCUACCGUCCUCUAUCAAGUCACAGUGUGACGAAAUGGUGACAGCUUAUGGGCCUCUUAUUAUCCAGUUCUUGCUACAAAAGCUCAGCCCACAACAAGUGUGUGCCGCGCUGAAGCUUUGCACUAAUGGUACAUACACAGUAGCAACACAGACUGUAAGCCAACCUCAGAGUCAACUUUGUGACAUGUGUAAAUUGGUUGUCACAUACAUUGACACGUAUUUGAAACAAAAUGUUUCUGAGGCCAAGAUAGAAGAAAUGCUGAAUAAACUUUGCUCUUUCCUACCAUCUGCCAUCCAACAAGAAUGUAAUGCGCUGGUGACACAAUAUACCCCAACUAUUAUUCAGCUUUUGUUAUCAAAACUUGACCCAUCACAAGUCUGUGCCAAACUCAAAUUUUGUACUAGCAGCACUGUAGCCAGAGUAGCAGUAGAGAAACCCACAUCAGAACAACCAAAGAGUCAACUUUGUGACAUGUGUAAAUUGGUUGUCACAUACAUCGACACUUAUUUGAAACAAAAUGUUUCUGAGGCCAAGAUAGAAGAAAUGCUGGAUAAACUUUGUUCUUUCUUACCAUCUGCUAUCCAACAAGAAUGUAAUGCCCUGGUGACACAAUAUACCCCAACUAUUAUUCAGCUUUUGUUAUCAAAACUUGACCCAUCACAAGUCUGUGCCAAACUCAACUUUUGUACUAACAGCACAGUAUUGGUAGAGAAACCCACAUCAGAACAACCAAAGAGUCAACUAUGCGACAUGUGUAAAUUGGUUGUCACAUACAUUGACACUUAUUUGAAACAAAAUGUUUCUGAGGCCAAGAUAGAAGAAAUGCUGGAUAAACUUUGCUCUUUCUUACCAUCUGCUAUCCAACAAGAAUGUAAUGCCCUGGUGACACAAUAUACCCCAACUAUUAUUCAGCUUUUGUUAUCAAAACUUGACCCAUCACAAGUCUGUGCCAAACUCAACUUUUGUACUAAUAGCACUGUAACCAGAGUAGCAGUAGAGAAACCCAUAUCAGAACAACCAAAGAGUCAACUUUGUGACAUGUGUAAAUUAGUUGUCACAUACAUCGACACUUAUUUGAAACAGAAUGUUUCUGAGGCCAAGAUAGAAGAAAUGCUGGAUAAACUUUGCUCUUUCUUGCCAUCUGCCAUCCAACAAGAAUGUAAUGCCCUGGUGACACAAUAUACCCCAACUAUUAUUCAGCUUUUGUUAUCAAAACUUGACCCAUCACAAGUCUGUGCCAAACUCAAAUUUUGUACUAGCAGCACUGUAGCCAGAGUAGCAGUAGAGAAACCCACAUCAGAACAACCAAAGAGUCAACUUUGUGACAUGUGUAAAUUAGUUGUCACAUACAUUGACACUUAUUUGAAACAAAAUGUUUCUGAGGCCAAAAUAGAAGAAAUGCUCGAUAAACUUUGCUCUUUCUUACCAUCUGCCAUCCAACAAGAAUGUAAUGCGCUGGUGACACAAUAUACCCCAACUAUUAUUCAGCUUUUGUUAUCAAAACUUGACCCAUCACAAGUCUGUGCCAAACUCAAAUUUUGUACUAGCAGCACUGUAGCCCAGGUAGCAGUUGAGAAACCCACAUCAGAACAACCAAAGAGUCAACUUUGUGAUAUGUGUAAAUUAGUUGUCACAUAUAUUGACACUUAUUUGAAACAGAAUGUUUCUGAGGCCAAGAUAGAAGAAAUGCUGGAUAAACUUUGCUCUUUCUUACCAUCUGCUAUCCAACAAGAAUGUAAUGCGCUGGUGACACAAUAUACCCCAACUAUUAUUCAGCUUUUGUUAUCAAAACUUGACCCAUCACAAGUCUGUGCCAAACUCAACUUUUGUACUAAUAGCACUGUAACCAGAGUAGCAGUAGAGAAACCCACAUCAGAACAACCAAAGAGUCAACUUUGUGACAUGUGUAAAUUGGUUGUCACAUACAUUGACACUUAUUUGAAACAAAAUGUUUCUGAGGCCAAGAUAGAAGAAAUGCUGGAUAAACUUUGCUCUUUCUUACCAUCUGCCAUCCAACAAGAAUGUAAUGCCCUGGUGACACAAUAUACCCCAACUAUUAUUCAGCUUUUGUUAUCAAAACUUGACCCAUCACAAGUCUGUGCCAAACUCAACUUUUGUACUAGCAGCACUGUAACUAGUGUACUAGCUGAGAAACCCACAUUAGAACAACCAAAGAGUCAACUUUGUGACUUGUGUAAAUUGGUUGUGACAUACAUCGACACUUAUUUGAAACAGAAUGUUUCUGAGGCCAAGAUAGAAGAAAUGCUGGAUAAACUUUGCUCUUUCUUACCAUCUACCAUCCAACAAGAAUGUAAUGCGCUGGUGACACAAUAUACCCCAACUAUUAUUCAGCUUUUGUUGUCAAAACUUGACCCAUCACAAGUCUGUGCCAAACUCAAAUUUUGUACUAGCAGCACUGUGACCAGAGUAGCAGUAGAGAAUCCCUCAUCAGAACAACCGAAGAGUCAACUUUGUGAUAUGUGUAAAUUAGUUGUCACAUACAUAGACACUUAUUUGAAACAAAAUGUUUCUGAGGCCAAGAUUGAAGAAAUGCUGGAUAAACUUUGCUCUUUCUUACCAUCUGCCAUCCAACAAGAAUGUAAUGCGCUGGUGACACAAUAUACCCCAACUAUUAUUCAGCUUUUGUUAUCAAAACUUGACCCAUCACAAGUCUGUGCCAAACUCAAAUUUUGUACUAAUAGCACAGCUGCCCUAAAACAAUCAGCUGAACUCAGUUUAAACCAGCCAAAUGGUGAAUUGUGUGACUUGUGUAAAUAUGUUGUCACAUAUAUUGAUACCUACUUGCAACAAAAUGCUUCAGAGGCAGAAAUAGAAGCAUUGUUGGAAAAAGUCUGUUCCUUCCUGCCAGCCUCUAUCCAACAGCAGUGUGAUUCACUAGUCGCAACAUAUGCUCCAAAAAUUAUUGAACUCUUGCUACAAAAACUAACCCCAUCGGAAGUCUGUGCAGCUCUAAAAUUAUGUGAUACCAACAGAGUUAUGUUAACCCUUAAGCCAGCAGUUCACGUCAACUUAAACCAGCCAAAUGGUGAAAUGUGCGACUUGUGUAAAUAUGUUGUUACAUAUAUAAAUACCUACUUGCAGCAGAAUGCUUCUGAGGCUGAGAUAGAAAAAAUGUUGGAACAUGUAUGUGAUUUGCUGCCCGAGUCCAUCAAGUCAGAAUGUGAUUCCAUGGUUUCAAACUAUGCGCCUCUCAUCAUUCAGUAUUUGUUGCAAAAACUCAGCCCAUCACAAGUGUGUGCUGCUCUCAAGUUUUGCACUAAUAGCCCCAGUAUAGUUUUAGAGCCUUCAGUCAAGUCAUCAGGCCAGCCUAAUGGUGAAUUAUGUGAACUGUGCAAAUAUAUUGUCACAUACAUUUAUAAUAACUUGAAAGAAAACUCUUCUGAGGCAGAAAUUGAAGCCAUUCUGGAGAAAGUUUGUGACAUUGUGCCGUCUGUACUCUGGCAAAAGUGUGAUUCCCUGGUCACACAGUAUGCCCCAGAGAUCAUACAGUUGCUGCUGAAAAAGCUAGACCCAUCUCAGUUGUGUUCAGAGAUUGGGCUGUGUGUAACCAGUCAAGAUUCAUCUUUCAACAAGAAUGACAAAGUGAAGUCUGGCCUAUCAGAUAGUGAUAACUGUGACAUUUGCCAAUACCUGAUAACUUACCUGCGCACUUUUGUGGAGAAGAACUCAACAGCUGAUCAGAUACAAGCAACUCUAGAUGAAGCUUGUGGUAUUCUACCAGACAAGGCACAGGCACAGUGUGAGGAUGAAGUAGCUAAGUGGACACCUGAGGCUCUGCAGUUUAUCAUCUCUGAUCUGAUGCCCAGAGAAACUUGCAUAGCUUUAAACCUUUGCCAGCCAUACAAAACUGAAGCAGUUUUAAAAAGUGAUAAACAGCAGAAAGUGAAUGAUGCUGCGUGUGUUCUGUGUGAAUAUGUCAUACAAGUGUUGGACAACUUUGUAGCAAAAAACAGCACCCAAGGUGAGAUUGAAGCUGUUCUACAAAAAGUCUGCACAUACUUGCCCUCCAGUGUCAGCAAAGAAUGUGACAGCUUUGUAAAUACCUAUGGCCCUCUUGUUGUACAGCUGUUGAUACAGGAGCUCCAGCCUGACCAGAUCUGUCAACUCCUUAAACUUUGUAAAACACAAACCAAAACUGUCUACAAAGUUGACAAGGUUGGGGAUGCUUCUUGUGCAUUGUGUGAAUAUGUAAUGACACAGCUAGACAACAUAUUGGCUAAAAAUGGCACUCAAGCCCAGAUUGAAGCCGCCCUAAAUAAGGUGUGCAACUUCUUGCCAAAAACACUGCAUACAGAAUGUGAAACCUUCAUCAAAACCUAUGGCCCACUAAUCCUUCAACUGUUGGUGCAGGAGUUACAACCUGAACAGAUCUGUACAAUCCUUAAAUUUUGUAAACCACAAACCAGACUUGAUGCUAAGGUUGGUGAUGCAGCAUGUGUGCUGUGUGAGUACGUCAUGACAGAGCUGGACAACAUACUGGCACAAAAUACUACUGAGGCCCAGAUUGAAGCCGCCCUAAAUAAGGUGUGCAACUUCUUGCCAAAAACACUGCAAAAGGAGUGUACAGCCUUUGUCGAAACCUAUGGCCCACUGGUUCUGCAACUGUUGGUGCAGGAACUACAACCUCAACAGAUUUGUACCAUUCUUACACUUUGUAAAGCGAGACAGUGUAAGGAGACAGUGAAAGCUGGUCCCACGUGCGCAUUGUGCGAGUUCAUAAUCACAAUACUUGACAAUACGCUCAGUGCCAACAGCACAGAGAAUGAGAUCCAAGCAGCUCUAGACAAAGUUUGUGAUAUGCUACCUGAAACCCUGAAAUCACAAUGUCAGACUGUUGUAGAGCAGUACGCACCCAUCAUUAUACAUCUGUUGAUACAAAAGAUGGACCCACAGCAGAUCUGCACAAGCAUUCGCCUAUGUGCUAAUAAGACCACACAAACAGCCCCAACAGUGGGAUCUAAUCCAGUCCAGAAUUUGAAGAAACAGAAGACAGAAAUCUGUGCCCUCUGUGAAGCUGUUAUGUUGAUGCUGGAAAACAUUUUGAAAGAAAACGCAACACAGACUGAAAUCAUCUCAGCCUUGUACAAGGUGUGUGACCUGCUCCCAGCUAGUGACAAACAGCUGUGUCACCAGUUCCUCCCCAUGUAUGUUGGCUAUGUGGUUGAGCUGAUAGAGGAUGAGAUCCCUCCCAACAUGAUCUGUACCUACAUCAAAAUCUGUGUGGAUGACGAGCUGACAGUUUCCAAGAACCAAAUGGUGCAAGCUUCACCAAAGAAAGGGGAACUCUGUGCAUUAUGUACCUAUGUGAUCCAGACUCUAUAUACCAUGUUGGAACAAAAUUCAUCCAAGCAAGAGAUUAUUGCUGCUCUGGACAAAGUCUGCAACCUUUUACCAACAACCAUCAAGGACCAGUGCGACAGUUUUGUGGGUCUCUAUCUGCCCUACAUUGUUGACCUUAUUGUCCAGGGUCUCACACCUGACCAGAUCUGUAAGAAGUUUGGACUGUGCACAGCAUCUGUGUCUGCAGUAGCCAUAAAGUCUGGAGUGUCCAAGAAUGAGAUCUGUGCUAUCUGCAUCUACGUUCUUGAAGCCGUUGAUCAGCUGUUAGAGGAGAAUGCAACACUUCCUCAGAUCGAAGCUGUGUUGGACAAAGUGUGUGACUACAUCCCACCAAUUAAAGACCAGUGUGAAAAGUUCGUUGCCCUCUAUGCACCAUACGUGGUUGACCUGAUAACUAAAGAGUUGUCCCCCCAGGAGAUCUGCAGCCUGCUUGGUCUUUGUGUCAACACAACUCUGACAGGUGUUACAAAGCAUAAGGCAAUCACUGUGACAGUCAAGUCUGAUGCAACAUGUGCUGUAUGCGAGUUGGUCCUGAAAGUCUUAGAAACCCUUGUGGCAAAAAAUACUAGCGUGAAACAAAUUGAAAGCUACCUGGAUGCUGUGUGUAAUGUCCUGCCCAGCUCAGUAAAAGCUGAGUGCCAAAGUUUUGUGGCCACCUACACACCACAGCUGAUCUAUCUGUUGGCCAACUUUCCACCUGAGCAAGUCUGCAUUCUGAUCAAAGCCUGUUCCGCCCCACCCAUGGUGAAGAAACCUUUAGGAAAUGGCCCAAGUUGCCCCAUUUGUGAACUAGUUAUGCAGCAGGUUGAAAAGUUUAUCGGCAAGAAUUCAACACAGAAAGAGGUAGAGCUAGUACUGGACGUUGUGUGUGAGCUCCUACCAGCUACUGUGAAGAAAGAUUGUGAGCAGUAUGUUGACAUGUACACUCCAGUACUGGUCCAGCUUUUGCUGCAGAUCUCCCCUGACCAAAUCUGUACCUACCUUAAGUUUUGUAGGCCAUCUACCACAGUAACUCAGCCCACAGUUAGAGACAUUCAGUGCACUCUCUGUAAACUUGUCAUGGAGAAACUAAAAAGUUUGAUCAGCGACAAGUCCACCCAAGCAGAGAUACAGUCCGCCAUGAAGAAAGUUUGCCACCUCUUGCCUGCCAGCAUGCAGGACAAAUGUGCCGUGUUUGUGGAGACCUUUGGGCCUAUGAUCAUACAGUUUAUUUUGGCAGAAACAAAUCCCAGUGACAUUUGUGCCAAGAUCAGCCUGUGUACUGCUCAGCUUCCUCCUCAGAAAAAGUUACAUUUACCAGACACUUGGAAAGAGGACAACCUUGAAGACUGCACCUUGUGCAAGUUUAUAAUGGAGGAAGUUCAGGGACUGUUGAAGGAACCUUUUGUUGAGGCUGAAGUACAAGAUAUCCUAACAAAAGUGUGUUCCAGUCUGCCCAGCAACAUUGUAGUACCCUGCAGGGACCUGGUGUAUGUAUUUGCACCCAACAUUGUGGACUUUAUUUCUAAAGGACUGAGUCCCAUUGAGUUCUGUCAGUUUAUCCGAGUCUGUGAGAGGAGAAAGGACAUGCCGUUGUCCCAGACUAAACCAACUUCCCUGACAUUCUUGUCUGAAAAAGAUGCAACAACAACAGUAGCACCUACAACACCAGGAUACCUGCAGACAUGUUCUUUAUGUAAAUUUGCUCUGUAUGAUGUGCAGAAUGCUAUUGAGACUCCAUUUUGGCAGAACGAGACCAAGACUAUCUUGUACACACUGUGCACGUACGUACAAUCUGGUGCUGAUGCUUGCAAGCUUCUGGUUGACAUGAACAUCAACUAUGUGAUCAGUGAGAUCACAGGCUUCAGUUUCCCCAUCCAGUUUUGUCAGAAGAUUGAUUUCUGUGAGCCUCCCCUUACUGGUACUGCAGAUCUAUCUGCUGGAAAUCCAGAAUGUGACGUGUGCAAGGUGCUGGUACAGCUACUUGACAGUUUCCUACAACAAAACAUGACAGUCUCAGCAGUAGAAAAAGUUUUGAAUGCUGCAUGCGAUGCCUUGAUCCCAGCACCUCAGAGAGCUCAGUGUGAAGCAAUAGUGAGGAACUACACACCAAUUUUGAUGCAACUUGUUGCUCAGUUGGAUGAUCCUACAAAAGCUUGCAAGGCAAUAAGAUUAUGUCCCAAUACUUCCAGGCAAUCACUUUAUAAAGUUUUGACAAAUAACAAGAACUGAAAGGAAACGUAUUACCUUGUUAUGUUUUGUUGAUAAAUUACAAUAAAUGUGUACAAAUAAUUUAGCAAACAGUUGUGAAUGACGUUAUGAGUGGGUUGUUUGAUUUCCCUUGGUAAAGAGUUCCUAAUAUAUUUUCCUACCUUUAAGCUUUUAAAACAGGAGUUACUUUACUUGUAUUGAGUUAUUCACUGAGCAAUUUUGGGUAAUGUUUUUAUUUCUGCUAACAUUACUAGUCUUUCUAUCUUUAAAGACACAUGAUGCUUAUUAAAAAUAAGAAUAUGUGUUUUAAAAUAUAUGUACCAUUUUCUUCUCCAUACAUGGAACUAUUUUUCUGUGAUUAUUUUUUGUAGCUAUUUUAUGUGACCAUGAGGCAAACAAUAUACUACUGAUAUAUUUAUAAAUACAUAUUUUUGGUAUAAAUAAUUGUUAUAAGAGUAUGAAUAUACAGGCAUUCAGUGAGCUUUGGAAACGCAAAUGCAAUGUAUGUUAAAAAUGUACAUUUGUUGUUAGACAUUCCUUCUUUAAGUUAUUUUUCACAUACUUGCCAGAUUUUUGUUUUUACACAGCUUGAUUAUUUUAUAUAGUACACAAUAUGGCACCCAUGCUGAGCUUGUACACUGCUUCAUUGGAGUUUGAUACAAAGCUUGUAGAGCAAAGCUGAUAGCAUUAUUUGUUAACCUAAUGUGAAAAAUAAUUCCUACUAUUAAAACCUAUUUUUAGAAAUGUUAAGUAUGAUGGAUUUCUUGAAAAAAAAAGUUUAACUCC